AUUUUAUUAUACCUGAGCUUUAUUCUCACACACGGCAAGCGAUUUUUUAUUAAAUAUUAUUAAUAGUAUAUGGUAAAUAGUACACAAUAGAAGUUCGUUAAAUAAUGAGCGUUCUUGUCUUGCAUAGCAGCAGCGCGUUGACCAGCUUUCAUUCGAGCUGCAAGAUAUGCCACAAAGCCUUCGCCAAUGUGUAUCGCCUACAGCGUCACAUGAUCAGUCACGACGAGUCCGCACUGCUGCGCAAAUUCAAGUGUAAUCAGUGCGAUAAAGCCUUCAAAUUCAAGCAUCACCUCAAGGAGCAUGUGCGCAUCCAUUCGGGUGAGAAGCCGUUCGGUUGCGACAAUUGCGGCAAGAGAUUCUCACAUUCCGGUUCCUACUCCUCACACAUGACCUCAAAGAAAUGCAUCAGUAUGGGCAUGAAAUUGAACCCGAAUCGGGCUAUGCUGAAAGCGCUGGAAAAGAAUGCUCCGGCACAAAACGUUAAGCGCUUCAAUGCGAAUAAUGGCAAUGCUCUAAAUACAAGUGGACCGACAGAGUCAAGCUUAAAUGUGGACGCAGCGCUGCCGGCUGGUUUGCCACCACAUAUGAACUACUACGCCAUGGAUGCAAGCGACGCGCUCGUGAAUGGCACGGCGCCGCCGUUAUAUCAGCAUUUACUGCAUAAAUAUGACGAUUACAACAUGAAUGCUAUGAAUGCAGCGCUUUUAGCCACAUUCCCGAAUCCGUUCUACAGCUUGGGCCUUAAUCCGCGCUUAUCCCCUUACAACAUACAACGUCUGUUGGAACUGACGGCAGUGGGACAGCAGCAGCAGCAUGAACAACAACAGCAUGAGAUACAACAGCGCGAGGAAGAGAGUCUCAGUGAACGGGAACAACAGCAGCCUCAAGUAGAAGAACACACAGCGCGCCAUGAUGAGUCGAUUGAUGAGGCAAACGAGGAGGAGACACCGGAUGAGCCCAAAUUAGUGAUGGAUCUAGGCGAGAGUGAUGCUAAAGAGGGAGAAGAUGAUGAUGAGGAGGAAGUUGUGUCGGAAAAAGUCCCAUCGGAGGCGGAAGACCAUUCCAAUCUUGUUGAUGAAGAGCAGGUUAACAAUGAAGAAAUUGAAACGCAACAUGGUGAGCCAAUUGGAUCACCCAUUUUGGAGGAAAACCGCCAAAAUACUCCGAGUUUAGAGAAUAAAGAAGCUGCAGAAAGCACCGAGAAAGACAUUUUACCGCAAAUCAAAGUGGAAGAUCAUCGUCCCAUUACACCAGUAGAUGACGAUCGAGCUGAACAAGUGGGGAGUGCGAAGACUAUGCCUGUUAUCAAACAGGAAUUAGACAGCACGGCCGAAAUCGAGGAAUCUCGCCCUAUUGAAACCUCCACCCCCACCAGCAAAGUACAAUUUGAGUCACAAAUUGACUCCAGUGCAUGCAACGCUUCUGAGCUGCGCUGUAGUCGUUGCGACACACAAUUCAAUCACCAAACUGAGCUGGUACAACACGAAAAGGUACUCUGCGGCUACAUCAAACAGGAGAUUCAACAUAGCUACCAAGAACAACACACUCAGCAAGAGCAUGAAGAGGAACCGCAGCAGGCGCCAACUCUAGUGCGGCCGCAGCAUAGUAUGGAUGACUGUGCCGAACAGUCUGGUAUUUCAACGACUUCCCUAUUGCAUUCUAGCGAUGUAGAAGACUACCAAGACGAGCGUGAUUCCAACUCGCGCAACGAUUGCAACAGCGAAAGCAGCGAGCGCAAGGUUCGCGUGCGCACGGCCAUUACCGAGGAACAACAACAGCAGCUAAAACAGCACUACGCCAUCAAUGCGCGUCCCAGUCGCGAAGAGUUUCGUAUGAUUGCCGCACGUUUGCAGUUGGACGCACGCGUAGUGCAAGUAUGGUUUCAGAACAAUCGUUCGCGCGAGCGUAAAAUGCAAAACUAUCAGCAGGCGAAUGGCAAACUACCGUUUGCUUUGCCCGCAACCGAAGCGAGCGUCCCUUCUACCGCUGCGUUAGAGCGUACUGCACUGCCAGCAGGUUUACGCACGGGCGAAGAACAACCGUUAGAUCUGUCGUUGAAACGCGAUUGGCCAAUAGCGGUGAAACGCAAUGGCAUGCAGCAACAACAUUCGCCUUUAUACGGCAUUGCGCCAAUGCAAAGCGUUGGCAGCGGUGAUCUCAAUGAAGCUAUUAACUUGAGUCGUAAAAUGUCGGCCUCGAUGUCACCGCCCUCAUCGCUAUCGCCAUCGUCCGCUGCAUCCGUACCUCAGUCGCUUAAACAGCAGGCGGCUGUAUACUUUGGCGCGCCAUCUGGGAGUCAUCAUUUCCAACGACAAACACCAUCUCCGAAUGAAGCGCCGCUAACGCAACAACAACCAAUUGCACCGCGUCACGGUAGCAACAGCAAUAAUAACAGUUUCUCAGCAUCACUGGGCGGCCAUCUGCCACCGUAUAUACUGCCCGCCGGUGCGCCGCGGAGUCUAAUGCCAAUGGACGCGAUUUUCCGCAUGACACCCGGCGACUAUGCUUGCAAUCCGCUCAUCAACAGUAUUAAAUUCCCCGAUUAUCGCGGUACCAGCCUCAGCCCAGGCGGUUCAGAAAAGCGCUCUUGGCGCGACGAUGACUCGCGUAUCUCGCAUGAUGACGACUACAUUGGUAAUGGUUUGCUCGCCAAACCGAAGCGUCCCAAAGCGGAAACACACGGGCAUGCAGGAGAUCCGGAUUUGCCAUUUGUGUGCGAUCAAUGUGACAAAGCGUUCGCAAAGCAGAGCUCGCUGGCGAGACACAAGUACGAGCAUUCCGGUCAACGCCCCUACCAGUGUGUAGACUGUCCGAAAGCCUUCAAGCACAAACAUCAUCUCACCGAACACAAACGCUUGCAUAGUGGCGAAAAGCCAUUCCAGUGCAGCAAGUGCUUCAAACGCUUCUCACAUUCCGGAUCCUAUAGUCAGCACAUGAAUCACCGUUAUUCGUACUGCAAACCGUACAGGGAAUAGGUAAACGACAAUUCA